AAGGUCCUGCUGCGUGAGCCACUGACGUGUUUGGAGCUGGAGCCGGCUCGGGUGCUGGCGGAGUUGCGACCGGUGGUGAGUGGUCUCCGGCCCCUCCCUCCCUCCACCGCAGGCCCCGGAACACGCUAGCCGAGGAGCCCGACUCUAGUUCGCGGCGCCACAUCGUCUGCGGCGUGCCCCGCUGUCGCUGCUCGCGCUACGCGAUCCGUCCGGCUGAGGCAGCGGAAGGUGACCCCAUGCAGGUUUACAGCGUGGUGUGUUUCUGCUUCCGGAUUUAGCUCUCAGACCUGACUCUGAGCAACCUAGGGGCCUGGACGUGUUCAGGAACGCGCCCUUCCCCCACCACGGAUCAAAGGUACGAGGAGAGUGGAAAUCGGGCAUCAGGAACUCUUUUGGUGUCUGCAGUGAGAAGACAAGAUGCCCCAGGUCACACGGCGCCUGAGGGACCCUGACAUAAACCCUUGCUUGUCGGAAUCUGAUGCUUCUACCAGAUGUAUGGAUGAAAAUAACUAUGACAGGGAAAGAUGUUCAAAUUACUUCUUGAAGUACAAAAACUGCCGGCGAUUCUGGAAUUCUGUCAUGAUCCAAAGAAGACAAAAUGGAGUUGAACCAUCUAUGCCUACAGCAGCAGAAAGAGAUGAAAUUUUGCGAGCAAUGCAAAAGAUGCCCUAUUGACUGUCUGCAUUAAAACUGUUUCUAUAACUUGAA